AUGUCUCUCUACAACAUCGAGGACCCAGAGGAGAUCAUGGGCCGCAUUGCUCAUCCUCUUCCAAAGUUCGACAUGGAGGAGUUGUACAACCCGACUAUGGUCACCAUCACGGUCAACAACGAGGACGCUAAGAUGAGCUCUCCGUGGCAAGAGAGAGACUUCACGGUUCCAAGAGAACUCAUCUGCCGAUACUCCGACUACUUCCGGGGAGCGUUCGAGGGAGGCUUUGCUGAGACUGCAGAGAAGGCCACGAUGAUCACCGACGUCUCGCCAGAGAUUUUCGAGAUCUUCAUGUACUUCCUGUACCACAAUGAGGUCGCAGGCGCCGACGACGAAGAGGAGCCUGCUACUUGGGCCUGGUCGUUCUUGUUCUGGUGCUACGUUUUCGGCGACCAAUACGAUUCGAAGGGGUUCCGUGCUCGCAUCUUCGAAGUGAUUCAGAUCAAGAUGAGACAGCCAGCCUCGUACAACUUUCCUAAUGGCAAGGAUCUGGAAGUGGUGAUGAACAACCUCCCUUCGUCAGAUUCGCUUCGCAAAUUCCUCGUUGCCGCUCUGUUGACGGAGUACGACGUCUUUGACGGUGAUGAUGACGAGGUGUCAUAUGCUCCUGAGAUGCCAGCGAAUUUUCUCGCGGAGUCCAUCGUCCUGUCCAGACGCCUCAAUUCUCGCCUGAUAUGCCGCCAUUGCGGACCUCACGGUGACUUUGGACAGUGCCACGACAAGGCGCACAGUGCCCUCGAGUCAAGAAUCGGAGGUCUGCAAGACAGACAAUGGUGUCAGUAUCAUAAGCAUGACACCGACCUUGAGCGCCGAGUCUGCGAGUGCCGUCGAGACACCUUCGCUUGGAAGUUCAAGGAGCCAAAGACGCCGACUUCCUUGCCAAUGUCUUAG